AGUCACUUCAGCGAACUUGACGCUGAGCUGGGUUAGCAGUUUGAACUGCAGCAGGAUCUAGAAAGUGCUCCACAGUCCGGUUCUGUGGACGAAGCAGAGGCGAAUCGACACUGCGAUCCGACGGAUGCGGAUUUAGCAGCGGAAAUGGAGCCGAGAAGAGAAGACUUGGAAAGCUGCCCUGAAUGUUUCCAGCUUAAUAUGAAACUAUGACUGAACUCGGACCUGUGAGAGUAAAUGGUUUACCUCCAGGUGUCCGAAAAGUGAUAGUUGGUGAAGAAGAAGCGCAAGAAUGGAGGUUCAGUAUGGACCGGGAGGACCCAGGCAUUAAAGAGGAACAGGAGGAAGUUGAUAUCAACCAGUUCACCUUUAGUCCUGUCUCUGUGAAGAGUGAAGGAGAUGAAGAGAAAUCUGGAUUUUCACAGCUUCAUCACAGCCAGACCGAAGAGAUUGGGGAUUCCGUUGGAUUGUCAGAACCUGAUCCAGACAUGCAGCCUGAUGAAAAGACUUUAGACUCUUCAGGCACAGAUGUCAGUGAUGCUGACUGUGAGCAGAGCAGUGAACCUGCACAGCCUCAGACGUCAUAUGACGACGUUGAGAAACCGUUCAACUGCUUUGUGUGUGGGAGAAAAUUUGGUCAUCGCAGAAAUCUGAACCGACACCUGAGAACCCACACUGGAGAGAAACCCUUUAGCUGCUCUCAGUGUGGGAAAAGAUUUGUUGACAGUGGAAACCUGCACAGACAUGUGGGGAUUCACACAGAAAAGAAACCGUUCAGCUGCUCUGAGUGUGGCAGAGGCUUUAAAGACAAGACAACUCUAAUGAACCACCUGAGGACUCACACAGGAGAGAAACCAUUCGGCUGUCCAUUUUGUGGUAAAACAUUCACACACAGCGGGAGUCUGAAACAGCACCUGAGUAUUCACACGGGAGAGAAACCCUACAGCUGCCCUGAGUGCACUAAAACUUUUAGCCGUAAGACGAACCUGAAGACUCACAUGAAGAUCCACACCGGUGAGAAAAGUUUCAGCUGCAACUUCUGUCACAAAACAUUUACUCGAAAACAUCACAUGCAAGACCAUCAGCGUGUCUGUCGUGCUGCAAACCGUAGACCAUCCAGAAACCAAAUUCUGAUGCCUCGCCCUCUUAGCACCGGAUUGGUAGUGCUUGUGUACCCAACUUCUCUUCCUAAAAGUAGCUCUGAGUGAUGGACAACGCGGCGUGUGUAUGUGGUCUCCGGCUUCACCACUAAGCCACCCAGGUGCCCCAGCCAGACUUCCAUUUUUAAAAGGUCACACUGUGGCUUCUGGUGGAUUUUAAGAGAAAUCCACCAAAUUUGAUCUUGGAAGUUUUAGAUUUUGGAUUCUGUAGUUUGAGCUGAUGUGGUGAAACUUUAAAUCUAUAUUUAUUAGUUUUGCUGGAGUUGUGUUUAUUCUGGCUUCACAUGAUAAUUUAAAAAUUUUAUGUUUCUCAUCACAAUUGUGGACAAUGAACAGUGACAUAUUCAAGCUAUCAGAACAAACUGGUCUCUGAUUGAAUGUAUUU